AUGAAGAUGAAUGAUGGUAGCCCUUUGAAAGUGACUAGAUUAAAAAGAAGCUCUGCUAAUAACUUCAAUCAAGAAAACCAAUAGAUUUCUGUGUGUUAAAACAUAAAUUAAAAGCAUUAAAUGAUGGCUUAGACUAUAAUAGAAAAGAUAAGAUGUAACUCAGAAAACCUUCAGUAAAAACAAAAGAGAUAAACAAGCUCUUAUGCAGAGCAAUUGGCUUAGUAUUCUCUAAAGAAUAUUAUAUAAUAACAAAUUAAUUUUUAAAAAAAUUCCUAAAAUGGCUAUGCAGAUCUAUCUCCUACUAAAUAAUAAAAUACUUCAAAUUGUCUUAAUGAUAGCAUAAUAAAGAAGAAUAAUAAAAGAGUAAUAAUUAGUGCUUUGAAGCUUUCAAUUGAGCUGAGUAAAAGUAAUGAAGAAGAUAUAGAGCACGUUGAAUGCGAAACUAUUGUUAAUGAAGAGUUUAAAAAGUAUAAAGACAUGAGAACAGAUUCAUUUUCUUAUAAUGAUCAUCUAGUUAAAGAAGAAAUAAUAAAACAGCUAUAGGCAACAUGUGCAAAAAAAUCAGGAUCAUAGAGUCCUCUUCGUCGUUAAAGCAAUACCCUGAAUACUGUAAUUGGUUAACGUGAAAUAAGGUCUCUUCAAGCUUCGAGAUAAUUAAAGGAGUACUUAAUAAAAUAAUAAUUAACAUAAAGUGAAAUCUAGGAGGAUGAUUUAUUAGAUAUUUAAAAAAUUGAUAAUUUAUAUGACAAGUAAAGUCCUUAAUUUUUAUAAAGGAGUUCUUUUUAAAAGGCUUUAAAUGACUUAGAAGAAGAGAUAGGUUAACUCAACAAGAACUGCAGAAAAAGAUAUGAAAGAAGUAGAAUAUAAGAUAAUUCAAAAAUGAAUUAAGAAACCGCUAAUUAGAAUACUUAGUACCUAAGCUCAGAAGAAGGAUUGGAUAACUAAGAAAUAAAAAUUAAGGCUGAGUAAGUAAAAAGUAAUAACUAAUAACAAAAAAUAUCUGAAAAAGAUGAUAUUUGCUAUUAAAACUAGAACUAAGAGAAUCAAAUUGAUAAUUUUGACUUAAAAAGUGAAAGCAAAGAAAAAUGUUCUCCUUUAUGGAGAAGUAAGAUUUGCUACUCAUAAAAAAGUUAAAUUAAUAGCACUAGACUGAAUACAGACUCAUAGUAAUACAAAAUUUAAAAAUAAAAUGAAUGCUCAGGGAAUUUCGCGAUUUUUAAAAAUUAGUAUAUUAAACAAAUGCAAUCUAAUAUAUCUGAAAAAAAAAACUUUACAACAAGCGAUUCUUCAUAUUACAUGGCUGAUGCUGAUACAGAUUCUUCUAAAUAGAGCAGUGCGCUAUCAACUAAAAAGAAUAGUUGUGAAUCCGAAGAGAUCAUUUCUGCUAGUAAAGACAAACAAUUUCCUUUAAAUAACAACUCUCUGAUAUUUUCUUAAAGCUAAGAAAUAGUGGAUCAGUAAAUAAUUACACCCAAAAAAUAAUAUUGUGUUUAAAAACUUUAAGAUUAGUUAGAUAUCAGUAACUAAAACUAAAUAAACCAAUUAAAUAAUAAAAAUAGCUCUAAUACUCCUUUUUCCUUUGGCUUUAAUGGAUUUUUAAGCUAGUAAAUUUAUGAAGGAAAAAAAGAAAAUACACAAGAAGAAAAUAAAAAUUAAUUACGUGGUCGCAGUCUGACUCCAUUUCAAAGUUCAAAAAUAUAUCAAUAGGAUUAAAGUAGCAGAGUUAUUAAAUCAAAUGAAAUAAAUUUGGCCGACUAGUCUACUAUUGAGCUAAAUCAAACUUCAAACUAACUUAAUAAUUAAGAUAAAAAUAACAAAAGUUACCUAAAUCAAAAAAGUACUUAGUAAUAGUUGCUAGUUAAUAAAAGUUCGUUUUAAUAAGUGAAGCCAAAAUAAGCAACUUUAGAAUAAAUAAUUAUGAAUGAACCAAGAAUCAAAACUGAGUCAAAUAUCCAAAGAUAAAGGAAAAGAAAUUUUAGUGCUAAAGAAUAAAGUAAUAGCUUUACUUAAAGAAACGAAGGGGCAAACGAUUUAAAUGAAUUCAGAAAAAAACUGCUGCAUAAAGUGAUGAAAAACAAUAUUGAAAAUAGACUAUCAAAUUAGUAACAAAUAGGAGACAAUAAUAAUAAUAUUUUCUAAAUUAGAAGAAUUGCAAAUUAGAAAUAAAAAAGUGAAUAUGAAAAUUAAUCCUCCAGCAUAAAUAAUAGUUUCUUAACCAAUAAUUAUUUAUAAUAAACUAGUUAAAACAUGAAAUUAAAUGUUUUAAAUUUUGAAAAUAAAGAUUUGAAACAAAAAAGCGAUAAUAAAAAUAUAUCAGCUAAUAUUUAAGCUAACUAAGAAAAAUUAAACAAUAUCUUGAAGAAAAAAUAUAAACAUGUCAAUAAUAAUAAAAGCAACAAAAACAAUGUCAGCUUAUAAAAUUAAAUUUUGUAAGAUUGUCACAGUAAAAUAUUUUCUGCUGAAGAUGAUAUAUCAUUUUUCCUAAAAAAAUUAGGAACCUCACCUGCAGCUAGCAAAAUUAAUGAAACUAAUUAAAUAGAAUUAAACAAAAGUUCAUUAAUUUGA